GUUGCAGUACUUGUGAAGAUUGCCCACCUGCAGGAAACAUGAGGUCGCAGUACGUCACAGCGCCCACAGUCACUCUCCUCCUGUUCCUGCUGUGGGUCCAGUCAUCAACAGGCUGCAAUAAGGCGCUCUGUGCUAGCGAUGUCAGUAAAUGCCUGAUACAGGAGCUGUGUCAGUGCCGCCCUGGGGAAGGGAACUGUUCCUGCUGUAAGGAGUGCAUGCUCUGCCUGGGCACACUUUGGGAUGAGUGCUGUGACUGUGUUGGUAUGUGCAAUCCUCGCAAUUACAGUGACACACCUCCAACAUCCAAGAGCACUGUUGAGGAGUUGCAUGAACCGAUUCCUUCACUUUUCCGGGCCCUGACAGAAGGGGAUACUCAGCUGAACUGGAAUAUCGUUUCCUUCCCUGUGGCAGAAGAACUGUCGCACCAUGAGAACCUCGUUUCCUUUUUAGAAACAGUGAACCAACCACAGCAUCAGAACGUAUCUGUCCCAAGCAACAAUGUCCACACACCUUACUCUAGUGACAAAGAACACAUGUGUACUGUGGUGUAUUUUGAUGACUGCAUGUCAAUACAUCAGUGCAAGAUCUCUUGCGAGUCCAUGGGAGCUUCCAAAUACCGAUGGUUUCACAACGCCUGCUGUGAGUGUAUUGGGCCAGAAUGCAUCGACUAUGGCAGUAAAACUGUAAAAUGUAUGAACUGCAUGUUUUGAAGCAGGAAAAUUGUAAUAUAGCAAUACUGAGGCCAAAGUAAUCUCUCUCAGUUAAAGAGAUGGGGAUUGCAAAUACUGCAUUUUGGUGGAGUGCCUACUGGUUGCAAUUAAGUGUACCUGGUUGAAAAAAAAAAAAAGAUGUAUAAAAUCUGAAAACUUUUUGGUUCUUUUUUUUUUUUAAACUCAUGUAAGCAAGUCUAACUAGUAGAAGUUUCAACACUAUGUUUUAAGUUUAUUUUUCUUUAUUUCUACUCAAAUGGUACAGCCAUGCUCAUCCUUACUGUUCUGAUUGUUUUCCUUUGAUUUGAAAGUAUUGACUAUACUGGUUUUCAGAAUGUAGUACUGUAUCUUGUAGUUUAGAGUAGGGAAACCUUAGGAAUAUGGUAAUGAGAUUUCUAUCAUCUAAGUUCAACAAAUAAUUAAAUGGCUGCUAGGUUGGAGGGGGGUGGUCAUUCUCUAGGGGCUGGGGUUUUUUUUUGUUUUAGCUUCUGGUUUUGUUUUUCAACUUUUAUUACCUUCCAGUUUUUGCGCUUAGCCUUCUGUUGUGAAAAUGGUAUUUGGGGAAAAAGAAAAAUUCACGCUUUCUCUUCAAGUUCAAUGCAUGGGCUGUCAUGGAUAAAAUCCUAACUUCUAAGAAGGGCUGCCCAACAAAACACUAGGUAUGGGACACUUUUCUUCCAAGUUUCACUUGCCCUGCUCUCGUACAUUG